AUGUCUACUAAAGUGUCUUUCGAGAAAUUUAAGCAUCAGCUAUUCCGAGAACUGCAUGUAUUAUCAACAGAGUCCAAACGCAGAAGCACAGAAAUAAAACAUGCAAGUGACAAGUCGCAGGAAAUUUUGAAAGUUGUGAACAGCUUCGAUGAUUUACUGCGUCAUCCAGACUUUGUCGCACCCUUUGUGCUAUCUUGUGCGUCUAGAAAUGCUAAAUUGACAACCAUUGCCAUGCAAUGUCUUCAAAGGCUUUCAGGGAUCAGAAGCGUUCCAAACGAGAAACUGCAAGGUGUGCUGAAUGCUUUGAUGGAAUCUUCUCAUUUGGCCGUGGAAAUUCAACUCAAAGUCUUGCAAAUAAUUCCUAUUUUCUUCAAAACCUACAAUGAUGCCAUCACCGGCCAUCUGUGUGCCAAGCUUCUAUACUGCUGCUCAAGUCUACUGCAACAACCUAACAAAGCCCCAAUGGUUGUGGGAACAGCUAGUGCUACGCUCCAGCAGCUGAUAAGCGAUAUUCUGGAUCGAGCCAGUACGCCCGAGAACUCUAAUAGUAACACGUUUGAGGUGGCUAUCAGCAAUACAGAUUAUGAUGAAGUGGGACCUUUUCGAUACGAUGCGAAUCGCUUAUUUUUUGACCUCUGCAGCCUCAAGAGUGGAUCACACGGCAAACAAGAUAAUAUCCUUAACAUCGAGAGCGUUCCGGAAGAUUACGGUCUAGAGAUUUUAGAGAGCGUGUUGAACAAUCACCAUAAGCUCCUUGAGAAUUGCUCCGACUUGCAGUUCAUUUUGAAAACUAAAGCUGUACCUCUUCUUCUGCGAUCAGUCUCCUCUUCUAAAGAAUUUCCCAUAGUAGUUAGAAGUGCCAGAUGUUUAGUGAUGCUCAUUAAACCUGAAUUUCUGAAAAUACUAGAGCUGGAGCUGGAAAUCAUCUUAUUUUUGCUCAUCAAGGUUAUUAGCAACGAAAUCGACUCUCCCAUGUGGAAGAAGAUCGUUACUUUGGAAGUAUUUCAAAUCAUAUCAAAAAAUCUGACGUUGUUGCUGGCCAUAUUUCAGUGUUACGACAGAAGGGAUGACCGCAGAUCCAUCCUGGAAAGCUUGUUCGAGGCUCUUCAAAACUUGAUGUCCUCCACUGAGUAUCAAAGUUACUUGAAAAUUUCCUCCAUUUUGAGUCGGGGCGACAAUCCCAUAAUAUCGCAAGAGAACUCUGUGGCAAAAUUUUCUUUGAUAGAGCUCCUUGACAAGACGAGUCCACCACUAAUUGACCAAACAUACGGAGUGGUUCUUGUCCUGUUCAUUACAAAUCAAAUCUCUGAUGAAAUAGGCUCUUACGCUGUCACAAUCAAUCAGAAGGACCCUGGCGAAGAUGCUUUAGAGCUUUUUAGAUCUUAUUUUGUGGCUCUUUUUCCUGGCCUUUUUGCCUUGCAUAGAAUGUUUCUCUACUCGACCACGCUGGAUACACCUCUAUUCCAUUCCGUGAUAAGAGCUUUUCAAAAACUCUCGCAUUCCUCUGGUAUACUCGACAUCAAUGAUAAACUAAGCCAGUGUUUGGAUUUAUUUGGAGCUAUUACAGUGGAGGGCGGUUUUUCAAGUACAGAAGAAUCAAGUUACACUGAGCACAGCGCGAACCCCGCGACAGCUAUGCUUAAUACUAUAGGUGAAUCCAUCAUGGGGAAUGCACAACAAUCUAAAGAAAAUUGGAGCGAGCCUAAUCUGAUUUCACGUCCAGUGCACCCCCGAAUGAUAAGCGUAUUCAGAGCCCUAAUCUCGCUAUCAACAUCUCUAGGAUCGAGUUACGCCCCAGCGCAUUGGGCAAGCGUUCUUAAGACAUGGCAGUGGAUGUCCUAUUUUCUUCAAAGUUCUUCUCGAGACCAGGAGGGAUCCCUGCGAUCCCCAUCCACCUCUCAUUCCAUUGUCGCUGACUUGAGUGCUGUACAAUCGAGCGUAGGAAAGUUUUACGAGAGUACUCAAAACUAUCCAGAUGCGAGUUUCAAUUGUCUCAUACGUCUGAUGGUACAAGAGUCGUCAGAUUGUUUGAGAACUUCAACAAAAGAUGCUCCGUUCACGGAGCAUGGACCGAGGACUGCGCAGGGCAAGCUGGCAAAUUGCGCAUACAACAAGGAUUUUUAUAUUCUACAGAUAGGAGAGCUAAGCCGUCUCAACAUAACAAGGUUGCUUAAAGAGACAGGCGAGCAAACAACUUGGCAGCUCAUUGUCGAGUAUCUAGUAUCAGAGGGUGCGAAUAGGGAACUUGAAGUCAAGGCUUUGAGGUUCUGCUCCGUUGGUGUGCUCAAUGAUAUAAUAACUGAGGCUGCAAGGAUUUUCGGAGAUCGUGAGCUUGAUACGGGUAGCGAACCAGAAACGAUUCAAAAUAGGCUGCUCAGCGCGCUGAACGACUUAGUGCAGAGAAUAAUCGGGUUGGAUCGUAAACGGGAGGCUGUCCAAAACGGCUCGAUAGAUACUGAGUGCGAUAUCUUGUUGCAAGUACUGCGUACGUUGAAAGCGCUUUUGGACGUUUUUGGAGAUUGCCUCAGGGAUUCCUGGGACAUUGUCUUCAAAAUAAUAAACUCACCUUUUGACAUCAUUGAGAAAGACGCCGUUCUUGAUUCGUCGAUACUAGAAGAAGACAGCUCGAUUUUGGAUGUGAUAUCUUCAAAACAUAAAGGAAUGAUUCAAGUUUCUUUUGAUGUCUUCAAGCUGAUAUUUGACGAUCUUUUACAAACCUUACCAGCCGAAGUGUUGAAGGAUGUUAUCGACACUUUACUGAACUUCGUAAAACAAAAGCGGGAUCUCAACAUCUCCUUUUCAUCAAUAAGUCAAUUUUGGCUCAUUGGUGACUACGUGAGAAACUGUGUUUCAAGGAAUAAAGAGCACUUCACUGAUCGACAAAAAAAGAAUUUCAUUGAAGAGGUUGAACAAGGAAAAUUAGUGACAUUGCUUUCAAGUGGGAAGUGUGAUUCGUAUGGUUCAUUCAACAGCCUUUGGAUCUAUCUCCUCAAAAGACUGGUUGAGUGCACAAACGACUCACGAGUGGAGGUGAAGAAUGGCGCGAUCCAGACGUUUUUCAGGAUAGUUGACUCUCACUCUGCUUCAUUUCCUCCCUGGAAUUUGGUAGUACAAGAAGUUUUAAAACCCUUGCUACAAGAGCGGCUCGAAUUCGAUGAGUAUCUGAGAAGCACUGAGUUCAUUGAUCUGACACUGAAAGGACUGGUCCAGGUGUUCUCUACGCACCUCACAAGUUUUUCUGGCACUGAUAACUUUACUCAAGCAUGGGAACUGCUGGUACAAUACGUAGCAGAUCUCGUGAAAUUACCGUCAUUCGAGGUCUCGUUCGUUGUUCUCACUAAUAUGAAGAAUAUGCUAGAGGCGACGGUGAAAAUGACGGAUAUACCGGACUCGAUUCUCCUGAAGCUAUAUGAAAUCUGGUGUGGUUACAAUAUGGUGUACACGGACUCCUCCAAAUCGUCAGAAUUCAAGAGAAAAACAAAUUACGAAUGCAUCGAAGAGCUUCUUAGCUGCUAUCCCUUUCUACAUCAAGUUCUGAGCCGACAAGGCUUGCUGGUCGCCUCUAGGGUAGAAUCUAUUCUAACUGUCAUGAACUCUGCUGCUAGGUAUCCAUUACUGCCAGAAUUUUCAACCGACGAUCAAAAACCUUCGUCUUUACAGCAGGCAGUUCUGGCUUCCAUCAGGCUAUUUGAAGUGAACCAGCCUCUCGAAAUAGAAAUUUUGAUUUUAAAUCAAAUCACCGUUCUAAUCGAACUUCCCUUCGAGACAAAGAGCCGUAUUGAAUCCAAGCUGGGGCCGCGGUUAGGCACAACGUCCAGAAAAAGAAUUCCUACAUUUGAAGCUCUAAGUUACGAGGUCUGUGAUUAUCUCAGCAAGCGAUUAAAGAGCAUCGACAAGCUUGAUGCAGGGUUCAUAUGCUCAAAGAGGUUACCUAGACUCAUGAAGAAUUGCAGCGUUCCUAUUUUGCGCAAGUCGCUAAUUGGAAAUGAAGGAGGAAGACUUCCAGCUUUGUGGAUUCUUGCCUCUCGAUGCUUCUAUCUACUUACAGAGAAGAUAAUCUGUGCCUUGAAUGAUCCGCAAAUCGAGCGUGAGGUACCGGACGACGCCAAAGAGACUUUCUUUGAUCUAUUUAUAAGCGUCGCAGUCACGCCUUUGAAAAGGAUAGAUCCUGAGAAAGAUGCUUUAACAGAAGCUUUCGACAUUGAGGAGUUUACGCGCUAUCGUGACAUUUUCUUACAAAAUUUGAGAUCAGAUUAUCCCAAAGCGGCACAUAUCGAGAAGUUUGUAUCUGCGGUUUGGUCAGCCUCGUUUUUCAGCGAAGUUGAUGAUAUCGAGGAUUCCAUUAUCAAAGAAAGCGAAUCGCUUCUCGAAGUAUCCACGAAGCUGGCCAAUUUCCCCUUCGACACAAUACUGGGAUCAACGAGGGAGCAACUUAUGCUGAGCAAGUAUAAGACUGCCUCACUUUGUCUCCAGAACUUGAUGGAGUUCACAGACUUUGAGGGACCAGGAGGAGAGAAGUUGCGACCAGUUUGCGUUCCAUUUUUAGUGGCGCGGUACGCUUUUAUACUGCGCCGCUAUAUUUCGGACGUAGUGCUCCAGAACCGCAAACCCGUAGCUAGAAAUAGGAAAGCGGAGGUCUUUUUAGUUCUCAGCGGUCUCAAAGGCAUUCUAGCAUCCAUUUCUCAAGGCGCCCCCAUCUCCGAGUCCAAAGAAAUUAUCCAAGCGCUGAAAGCCCUCUACCCGUUGGUUUUGAAAACUAUUCCAGCAUCUCACAAAAUAGCCGGUCUACAAGCAAUAGUUCAAGAGCUUUCUCUCGAGUUUACAAAACUUCUGAGAUAG